AUGGCCCCGCACGCCACCGAAGCUCCCCCCGCCGCCUCUUCCCAGGUGCCUCCCAUCACGGUCAUAGCCUCGUCCCGCGCCGUGGUGUCCGGCCGUCUCACCGAAGCGACCAUUGUUGUCUCUACCAUCACCGGAAAGAUCACGUCAAUCUUCCACUCCGUCCUGCCGCCCUCGGAUUUUCCUGCUGGGACUCCUUAUGUCGACUACUCCCCCAAGAUCCUUCUUCCCGGCCUCGUCGACGCCCACGUGCACCUAAACGAGCCCGGACGCACCGAAUGGGAGGGCUUCUGGACCGGCACUCGUGCCGCCGCCUUUGGCGGCGUGACCACCGUCGUCGACAUGCCGCUUAAUGCCAUCCCGCCUACCACGACGGUCGAGAACUUGAAGACCAAGGUCGACGCCGCUCAGGGCAAGUGCUGGGUGGACGUCGGCUUCUACGGUGGCAUCAUCCCGGGCAACGACCAGGAGUUGAAGGCGCUCGUCAAGGCCGGCGUGAGGGGCUUCAAGGGUUUCCUCAUCGAGAGUGGAGUUGACGAAUUCCCGGCCGUCGCUUCUGCCGAUAUCAGAAAGGUGUUGGCCGAGCUGGCCGACGAGCCCACCACGGUCAUGUUCCACGCCGAGAUGAUCCCUCCCAUCACCGCCUCCGUCGGCGACGACGUCCAAGCCUCGGAACCGCCUCUCCAACCCUCCGGACCUCUGACCACCUACCAGACCUUCCUGGACUCACGCCCCCCUUCGUUCGAGACGUACGCCAUUGCCGAAAUCCUCUCCCUCGCCCACCUCGCCCCCGAGCUCGACCUGCACAUCGUGCAUCUCUCGGCCAUCCAAGCCAUUCCGAUGCUGCGGGAGGCACGUGCCAAGGGCGUCAAGAUCACGGCCGAGACGUGCUUCCACUACCUCAGCUUGGCCGCCGAGUCGGUCAAGGAGGGCGACACGCGCCACAAGUGCUGCCCGCCGAUCCGCGAGCAGUCGAACCAGGACGGCCUGUGGACCGAGCUGACGCGCCCCGACGACAGCGUCAUCAAGACCAUCGUGUCGGACCACUCGCCCUGCACGCCGGACCUCAAGCUGCUGCCCGCCAAGCUGGCCGAGCUGGGCUGCACCGACCCGCACAACGUCGACGGCGCCGACGGCGACUUCUUCAGCGCCUGGGGCGGCAUCAGCAGCGUCGGCCUGGGCCUGAGCAUCCUGUGGACCGAGGCCAAGGACCGCAACAUCACCAUCGAGGACGUCGUCCGGUGGUGCUGCAAGAACACGGCCAAGCAGGUCGGCCUGGAGGACACAAAGGGCGACCUGGGCGUCGGCUUCGACGGCGACAUCGCCGUCUUCGACGACGAGGCUACCUUCGUCGUCGAGCCCAGCACCAUGCUGUUCCGCAACAAGUGCUCGCCGUACGAGCACAAGACGCUGCGCGGCGUCGUCGCCGAGACGUGGCUGCGCGGACAGAAGAUCUUCACCAGGGCCGACGGGUUCGUCGAGAAGUCUGGUCCGACCGGAAGGCUGCUUCUCGAGCCGCGCAAGCACAUGAUCGAGGAAGCUGCGUAG